CUAAAUUAGACUUCAGAGUGCAUGAACUGGUUAUUUAAGUGAAUUCUUAAAGAAUUGUUCUCUGAAUUAUUGCAAAUUCUAUAGAAAAAAUUGCCUUGCUGAUAUAUAAACAAGCAAUGCCAACGUUCAAUGAAUAUAGCAACUGUGUCUGUCAGCAUUUUGGCAAAGGGCAACAAACUCCAAAGCACAUGGGUAAGAAUGAGCUUGAAAUAUGUCCUUUAUUUGACAAUAGAUGGUGAUGAUUAAAAACUGUGUUUGGAUCGGUUCUUUGUCUGACAAUGAUGAGAUAUAUAUAAAUAAAUAAAAGCUGUUUAGACUGUUUCUUUGGUUUGCUGUUAAUAAUGAUAUAUUAAUACAAGAGUAUUUGUAUUGGUUCCUAUGUAUGCGAUAAAUAGCCAGAGAAGACUAUUAACAUCCCACAUGAUGGAUCUUUUUUCUACAUAGGCUAAAAUGGUGUUUUAGAUGUGACAAUGAUUUUUAAAAUCUCAGUGUGUCUAGUUCUGUUUACAUGUUUGGUGAUUGGCUGAAGGAAUUGAAAAGAUUAUGUAUGGCGCUCCCUGAAUGGUAGAAUUGCUAUAAUAGAGCUCUCUACUAGCUACCGUUAGGAUGAGUUGAUUUAUGAUUGUAACUCAGUCGAUGCCGGUUACCACUUUGCUAUCACAGGUGAAGGCAAUGGUAAAUGAUGGCUGGUAAAUGCGUUACGAUUAUAUGUUAGUGAAGUCUGUUUUUCUCAAUUUUGCACUUGUAACAUCCAAACAUCUGCACAAACUGUUUAAACCUAUUCCUUCAACACUAACUUUUUAUGCUCAAGCAUUUGAAUGUAUAAAAAAAAAAAAAAAAAACAUCAAUCCCUUAUGAACAGGAAAAUAUGCAGCAUUUAUUACAUGGGUGUAUUAUCCUUUUUGCUUAUGAAUUUGGAAUUAGUUGAGGAACUGCAGACAUUUCCUUAAAUCUGAUCACUACCUCAAGCAGACACAAAAAUUUAAAUUAUAUGUAAAGAAAUAACUCAGAUAGAAAGAUACAGUCAGUGCAGUCACUGGGGAAACACUGUCUGUCUAAAGAUUUUAGAUUGUGAUCUGUGUUUAAAAUCAACAUGAAUUACUAAAAGUUUAAUGUCUUGUAGAUAAGGUGCUCGAUGAAUUAUAUAUCAGUAUCGUUUUGAAGCUCUAAUUCUGAAAGAAAUAUUGACUAUAUACCUUUAUUUAUAUCUUCAAAAUAUUAUUUACAUCAGUGUGAAGUAUACACUUGCUCAGUCAUAAUCAUGCAAUAAUUGUUCUUAUUCAGUGGACAAAAUGUUCCUGAACAUCUUGGAGAAGACUGACUUCAAGAACUUUUGCGGGACCAUCUUCAAAAAAGCGGAUAAAUUGAGGAAGCUACUGUGGCAUUUCCCUGCUGUCCACUACUAGGAAAGUCCUCGGUCAAGUCCUCCUCAACCGACGUCUUCCCAAUGCUAAACAAAUUCUACCAGAGUUGCAGUAUGGUUUUCGCUGAGACAGGAGUGAAACAGGGUUGUGUUUGGGCACCAGUGCUCUUUACCUGGCUAUCCCACACCAGACACCAGCCCAACAUCAGACGCCAUCAAAUUCUGGGUAGAAGAUGCGCUGCUUGUGUGCUUUCUCGCUCCUCCUUCUGGCCUCCACUACGAAUGCCAACUGGGUAGAAGAUGUCGUCGGCCAUGUGGGCGGGAUGUUCCACUCCUACGAGGAACCGCCGUACUCAGUCGACGCGAGGCACGCUGGCUACGAGGAGCGAACUUAUCCGGCCAAGAAGUGGGUUUGUUCGAAGGAGGAAUCCGAUGACGGAACCCAGAUCAUGGAGCAUCUUUUCUGGCGUCUCUUCCGCUACAUCGACGGCGAGAACGUGCAAGAGUCAAGACCCUAUGACAGUGCCUGUGACCACGGAGUUCACCGCCCUCCGCGAGAUGAACAGCUUCAAGAUGUGCUUCUUCAUCCCCGAGAAGUUCCAGAACAACCCGCCCACGCCCACCAACGCCAAGAUCGCGGUCACUCUUCGCCCGGAGAUCACCGUCUUCACCAGGACCGUCGGAGGAUACAUGACGACCGCCAGCGACUGGUUGAGCGAGGCCGCGUCCUUGUCCGAACUCGUGGAGGCCGACGGGAUAAAAGUCUCGCUCGUCCACAUGUUCUGGGUUGGUUAUGACGCUCCGCUCAAGUUCUGGAACCGCCGCAACGAGGUCUGGUUCCCCAAGGUCUAGGGGCCUCGUGUUGGCAGCGUGAUCCCUCGUACAGCCCUUAGCUCCAGGCUCCGGACGACGACUCCGCAGCCCUAACGACCCUUCAGAGGAAAAUUGGUCGUGAAAUGUGCCUCUUGUUGUUAGCCGUAACCGUGCUGUAACUUUCCCUGGUGUUUUAAAUUCAUUUCAGUCAAGUCUUGGGAUGGGCUUGUUUGAGAUACGGGCUGUACGGGAUGAGAUGAAUAAAAUAGGAAAUCAUCUGUUGUCUUUUAAAAUUGUUCCAUUAAUGAAAUAAGAAAUAACAAUACUCCAAACCUGUAAUUGAAAUACGGCUGUACGGGAUGGGAUGAAUAAAAAAGGAAAUCAUU